AAAAACAGCGAAGAUGAACAUAAAUGUAUGCAAUUGGGGCACCUAGCCUCGUAGAUUUAAGGCAAUCUACCCUGAUAUGCAAAAACAGAGAAAGAACAACACAUAACCAAAUACAAAAUAUACUGGUUUUUCUCACCUCAACCUUGCCAAAACUCGAGUAGUAUCAUGGAGAAGCAAGCUGAGCUGAAGGCAAUUUUCCUUCCAUUUUUGUCAACAAGUCACAUAAUUCCCCUGGUGGACAUGGCCAGACUCUUCGCCCUUCACGGCGUAGAUGUCACCAUCAUCACCACCACACACAAUGCCACCAUGUUCCAGAAAUCCAUUGACCUUGAUUCCAGUCGCGGUCGCUCCAUCAGAACCCAUGUCGUUGAAUUCCCAGCUGACAAAGUGGGUCUUCCAGUGGGGAUUGAAUCAUUCAGUGUCAACACCCCUCGUGAGAUGAACCCCAAAAUCUACAUGGGCUUGGCAAUUCUGCAACCAGAAUUCGAGCGUCUCUUUCACGAUCUUCAAGCUGAUUUCAUUGUCACCGACAUGUUCCACCCUUGGUCUGUAGAUGCUGCUGCUAAGUUGGGAAUUCCCAGGAUCAUGUUUCAUGGUGCAAGCUACCUAGCUCGCUCUGCUGCGCAUUCUGUGGAACAGUACGCAUCCCAUUUGAAUGUGGAUUCAGACACCGAAAAAUUUACCUUACCUGACUUGCCGGACAAGUUGGAGAUGACACGUUUGCAGUUACCAGACUGGCUUAGAUCCCCAAAUCAAUACACAAUGUUGAUGAAGAUGAUUAAAGAAUCAGAGAAGAAGAGUUUUGGGUCAGUGUUCAACAGUUUCUAUGAAUUGGAGAGUGCUUAUUACGAGCAUUACAAGAGAGUCAUGGGAACCAGGAGUUGGGGAUUAGGACCAGUGUCUUUAUGGGUUAACCAAGAUGCUGAGGAUAAAGCUGCAAGAGGGUAUGCAAAGGAAGAAGAUGAGGAAGGAGGGUGUCUGAAAUGGCUCAGUUCCAAGCCAGAGGGCUCUGUUUUGUAUGUCAGUUUUGGGAGCAUGAAUAAGUUUCCUUAUUCUCAGCUUGUUGAAAUUGCGCACGCACUUGAAGGUUCAGGGCAUAAUUUCAUUUGGGUGGUUAGGAAAAAUGAUGAGGGUGGAGAAGAUGGUUGCUUUCUGGAAGAGUUUGAGAAGAGAGUGAGAGAAAGUAACAAAGGUUAUCUGAUUUGGGGUUGGGCACCACAGUUGUUGAUUCUGGAGAGUCCGAAGAUUGGAGGAUUGGUGGCUCACGCCGGUUGGAACACGGUGGUGGAAAGUGUAAAUGCAGGGUUGCCAAUGGUGACAUGGCCUCUAUUUGCAGAGCAUUUCUUCAAUGAGAAGCUGGUGGUGGAUGUGCUGAGAAUCGGGGUUCCUGUGGGAGCAAAGGAAUGGAGAAACUGGAACGAGUUUGGGAAUGAGGCAAUAACACGGGAAGAGAUUGGAAGGGCAAUUGCUUUGUUGAUGGAUGAUGGAAAGGAAGGUGCAGAAAUGAGGGAAAGAGCAAGAGCGCUCAGCGAUGCAGCAAAGAAAGCUGUGCAAGUUGGUGGAUCUUCUCACAACAAUAUUGUAGAGUUGAUUCAAGAACUCAAGUCCCUCACACUUUCCAAAAAUCUGCCAUAAAAUAGUGUGUUGUGUGUGCGUGCCAAAAAUGAUUUUGAAUAAAGUUCAAUUUAACUUCUUCA